UUCCCGCUGCGCGUCGUCUUCGACCAGCUGAAGACGGGCUUCGAGCUCGGCAAGGACCUCGCGGCCCAGCCGGGGUCGUCGCUCGCGGGCCGCUACGAGGUCGAGGCCCUCGUGGGCCGCGCGGCCUUCUCGAGCGCCUACGCCGCCGUCGACCACGCGCCGGGCGUUUCCGGGCGGCGCGUCUGUUUGAAAGUAGUGAAGAACAACAAGGACUUCUUCGACCAGUCGCUCGACGAGAUCAAAUUAUUGCGGUACCUCGGCGCGGGCGGCGGCUGUUCGAGAGUCGUGACGUUGCUCGACGCGUUUUAUUUUCGCGAGCAUUUGGUCAUCGUCACGGAGCUGCUCAAGGAGAAUUUGUACGAGUACGGCAAGCUCUGUCGGGACCGCGACGAGCGCUACUUCACGCGGGGCCGCGUGCGCACCAUCGCCGGCCAGUGCCUGGCGGCGCUGGCCUACUGCGCGUCGCUGGGCAUCAUCCACUGCGACAUCAAGCCCGAGAACAUCGUCUUGGAGGACUACGAGGCCGGGUCCGUCAAAAUCAUCGACUUCGGGAGCUCGUGCUUCGCGAGCGACCGCCUGGCGACCUACGUCCAGUCGCGGUCCUACCGCGCGCCGGAGGUCGUGCUCGGCCUCGACUACGACGCCGGCGUCGACGUCUGGUCCCUGGGCUGCGUGCUCGCGGAGGUCUGGGGCGGCUACGUCCUGCUGCAGAACGACUCCGUCGCGACGAUGCUCGCGCGGCUCCAGGGCAUCCUGGGCCCCAUCCCGCGGGCCAUGGUCGAGCGGGCGCCGAACCGCGCGGCCUUCUUCACGCGGAGCGGCCACGUCUACGAGCGCUUCGACUCGGGCCGCCGCGACGCCGCGCGCGACGACGACUCCGCGUCCUCGGCCGAGCGGCCCGAGGAGGCCCUCGUCGUCGUCUUCCCGCAGCACACGACCCUCGCGCGCCGCCUCCACCUCCCGCCCGACGACGCCUUCGUCGACUUCGUCCAGGAGCUCCUCGCCAUCGACCCGGACGCGCGGCCCAGCGCGACCACGGCCAAGCUCCACCCCUUCCUCUUCGAGCGCGCGUGA